AUGAACACUACAUUGCUUGAGGCACGUUUGGAGCAGGCACAGCUGCUCAAGAAGGUCGUCGAUGCCAUCAAAGACCUCGUACAAGACUGCAACUUCGACUGCAAUGACUCCGGCAUCGCCCUCCAAGCCAUGGACAACUCUCACGUCGCCCUCGUCUCUAUGAUGCUCAAAUCCGAAUCCUUCUCACCCUUCCGAUGCGACCGCAACAUCGCCCUCGGCAUCAAUUUGACUUCAUUGCAAAAGGUGCUACGAUGUGCGCAGAACGAGGACAUUCUCACAGUCAAGGCAGAAGAUGCACCAGAUGUUGUGAACAUGGUGUUCGAGAGUGCGGACAACGACAGGAUCAGCGAGUACGAUAUCAAGUUGAUGGACAUUGAUCAAGAGCACUUGGGCAUCCCGGACACAGAAUACGCUGCUACGAUCUCAAUGCCAAGCUCAGAGUUCCAGAGGAUCUGCCGAGAUCUAACGGCGCUGUCGGAGUCUGUGGCCAUUGAGUGCACGAAGGAAGGCGUGAAGUUCGCAUGCAACGGCGACAUCGGCUCGGGUGCUGUCACCCUUCGCUCACACACAGACGUCGAGAAGCCCGAGAGGAACAUCGAGAUCAACCUGUCGGAGCCGGUGGCGCUCACGUUCUCGCUCAAGUACCUCGUCAACUUCUGCAAGGCCAGUGGUCUCAGCGACUCCGUGAAGUUGUGCUUAAGCAACGAGGUUCCCUUGCUCGUUGAGUAUGCACUGAGCAAUAACAGCUACCUCAGAUUCUACCUCGCACCCAAGAUUGGUGACGAGGAGUAA